AAAAAGAACAUUGAAAAAAAAAAAAAUGCUUCUGGAAUGCUUUUAUUUGAGGUCUGUGCAAUUAGAAUAGAACGCAUCUCGGCGCUCAUCCAUUUCUCAAUUUUCCGAUUUACCGUUUGUCUUACCAGGUUUGUCUCUCUCGAUUCCCAACUCUAUUACGUUGAAAUUCCAACUAGCCCGAUCAUUUCCAGGUAGAUAUUUUGGACUAGUCCGACUCCUCUCCGGCUCUCCUUUCAAGCCCCACCGCUGAAGUCGCCAACUCGAUUGGAGCUCUCCCGACUCGGCGACCUGCAUCUCCGGUCUCCGAGCUGCGCCUCCAGCCUUUCAAGCCCCACUGGCCACCGCCUCCAGCCUUUCAAUCCCCACCAGCAACCGGUCUCCGCGCUCCGCGCCUCCGCCUCCAGGGAUCCCAAGUUGAAAACAGAAGCUACGCAUCCGAGUCUUGGUCCAACACAUUUUGCAAUUAGGGCUUGCAGAGAGGUAGAGGAAUUGGGCUUGGAUUCUGAGGAGCUACCUAUAUUAGCUAAUCCAAUGCAUUUCAUGUAAUUUGAAGUUUAUAAAAGAAGUUUCAAUGGCCAAGAAAUCGGUACCACAACCACGGCUAACAAAGCUUUCGGUCUACCUUUACAUACCUAAUAUAAUUGGGUACAUUAGGGUUCUCAUGAGCUGUUAUGCUUUCGCCAUAUGCUUCUCCAACAAACGACUUUUCUCCCUUCUCUAUUUUGUCAGCUUUGUCUGUGACGGAGUAGAUGGUUGGUGUGCUCGCAAAUUCAAUCAAGUUUCAACAUUUGGAGCUGUUUUGGACAUGGUAACAGACAGGAUAAGCACUGCAUGUCUCUUGGUAAUUCUUUCACAAGUCUAUCGGCCUGGCUUGAUUUUCCUCUCGUUGCUUGCCUUAGAUAUUGGUAGCCACUGGCUGCAGAUGUACAGUACUUUCCUGCUUGGCAAGGCUAGUCACAAAGAUGUGAAAGAUAGCACUAAUUGGCUUUUUAAAGCAUACUAUGAGAAUCAGAUGUUUAUGGCUUACUGUUGUGUGUCAUGCGAGGUGCUUUAUAUCAUUCUAUUUCUUGUUGCAAAGAACGAAACUGAGAAUGUGAUUGAAGUUCUAAUGGGUCUUGCACACCAUAUUACACCUCUUUCUGUUCUUGUUGGUUUGUGUUUAUUUGGAUGGGCAGUCAAACAAGCAAUUAAUUGUAUACAGUUGAAGACAGCAGCAGAUGUGUGUGUGCUUCAUGAUAUCAACAAAAAGCAGAGCCCAUAAUGCUUAGCAAUGACUGGAGGUGCAUUCUACAUUCAGCUUUGCUACUCGUUUGUUAUAAUUCAAAUAUGUAACUAUAGCAGAUGGGAUUGCUUUAUUCUUGUGAGGCAUACACUGAUGUAAGAUUUAUAACACCUUUUUUUUUUUCUUUUUUUUUAUUCUUUCCGAUUGAAAUAGCACUAAAUUGAUUUUUUGACGUCUUA